CCCGCCCCUCCCGCGCCGCGGCGGGCUCGUCCUCUGGCAUUUCCUGCGGCCCGGCCGCCGCCAGCGCAGCCCGGAGCUCGCGAAGCCCCCCGGCGGCCCGGCCAUGAAGGAGGAGGCCUUCCUGCGGCGCCGCUUCUCCCUGUGCCCAGUCGCGUCCACCCCUCAGAAAGCCGAGCCGCGGAGACUCGCCCGCCACCUCCUCCUGGGCGCCGAGAAUGAGCCUCUGAGUGCAGGGAAGGACAUGGAGUCCAAUGGCCAGUCACUGACCAGGGACGAAGGGUUCUCAACACCGGGCUCCGCCACCACCCUGCCUCCGGGGGAGCACAAGCUGCACGAUGGGUCUGACAAGGAGUGUGCGUUCCCCACGGCCAAGGUCACCAAGAAGGAGACGCUCAAGGCACAGAAGGAGAACUACCGGCAGGAGAAGAAGCGGGCCUCAAGACAGCUGCUCAGCGCACUCACCGACCCCAGCGUGGUCAUCAUGGCUGACAACCUGAAGAUCCGUGGGACCCUGAAGAGCUGGACCAAGCUGUGGUGCGUGCUGAAGCCUGGCGUGCUGCUCAUCUACAAGACCCCCAAGGUGGGCCAGUGGGUGGGCACGGUGCUGCUGCACUGCUGCGAGCUGCUCGAGCGACCCUCCAAGAAGGACGGAUUCUGCUUCAAGCUCUUCCACCCCCUGGACCAGUCCGUGUGGGCCGUGAAGGGCCCCAAAGGUGAGAGUGUGGGCUCCAUCACGCAGCCGCUCCCCAGCAGCUACCUGAUCUUCAGGGCCGCUUCCGAGUCGGAUGGCCGCUGCUGGCUGGACGCCCUGGAGCUGGCCCUGCGCUGCUCCAGCCUCCUGCACCUCAGCGCCAGCCGGCAGAGCCGGGACGGGGAGCCCGGGUCCUCGCCGGACGCCUCCCCGACCUCGCUCUGCGGGCUGCCCGCCUCCGCCUCCAUCCACGCCGACCAGGACCUGUUCGCGACGAACGGUUCGUCCCUGGACAACGACGCCUUUUCCGACAAGUCGGAGCGAGAGAACGCGGAGGAGUCGGACCUGGACACCGAGACCCCUGACAGCCGCUGCCCGAAGACCGAGACCGAGAGCAGAAGUGACCAGGUGGACCCGCCGGGGGGCGCUGUGUGCAUGGGGACCACGUACGUGGAGCAGGCGGAGGAGCUCCAGGAGCCGGUCCCCGACAGCCAGGUGGAGGCGGUGUCGGAGGAGAGCAAGAGCUUCCUGUGGCUGUUGCUGCGACAGCUGCGUCCGGGCAUGGACCUGUCGCGUGUGGCGCUGCCCACCUUCGUGCUGGAGCCCCGCUCCUUCCUCUCCCGGCUGGCCGACCACUACCACCACGCCGACCUGCUGUCCCGGGCCGCCCAGGAAGAGAAGCCGUACAGCCGUCUCAAGCACGUUCUGCGCUGGUACCUGUCCGGCUUCUACAAGAAGCCCAAGGGGAUCAAGAAGCCCUACAACCCGAUCCUGGGGGAGACCUUCCGCUGCUGCUGGUUCCACCCCCAGACCAACAGUCACACCUUCUACAUCGCUGAGCAGGUGUCCCACCACCCACCCGUAUCCGCCUUCCACGUCAGUAACCGCAAGGACGGCUUCUGCCUCAGCGGCAGCGUCACUGCCAAGUCCCGGUUCUACGGGAACUCUCUGUCGGCAGUGCUAGACGGCAAGGCCACGCUCAGGUUCCUGCAGCGGGCAGAGGAAUACACGCUGACCAUGCCCUACGCCCACUGCCGAGGCAUCCUGUACGGCACGCUGAGCCUGGAGCUGGGCGGCCACGUCACCGUGGAGUGUCAGCAGACGCGCCUGCGGGCCGACCUGGAGUUCAAGCUGAAGCCUUUCUUCGGGAGCAGUGCCAACAUCAACCAGAUCGUGGGCACCAUCCGGUCAGGGGAUGAGGUCCUGGCGCGGCUCACGGGACACUGGGACCGAGACGUGUUCAUCCGGGAGGAGGGCCGGGGCGCGGAGCUCUUCUGGAGCCCCAGCGAGGGGCAGCGGCGGCGGCUGACACGGCGCGUGGUGGUGCCCGAGGAGCAGACGGAGCUGGAGUCCGAGAGGCUGUGGCAGCACGUGACCAGGGCCAUCUGCGAGGGUGACCAGCUGCGCGCGGCGCGGGAGAAGCUGUCGCUGGAGGAGGCGCAGAGGCGGCCCCGGGCGCCCAGGCUCUUCCAGCUGGACCCCGCCACCCGCGAGUGGCGCUACCAGCACGAGAACUACCGGCCCUGGGACCCCCGCAAGGAUGUGGCCCAGUUUGAACGCGACGGGGCACUGCACACGCUGCAGCGGGGGACCCCGGCCCACCAGGGACGCACCCCGGCCAGCCCUGGCCGCCGGCACAAGAGAACCAGCUCGGAGCAGCGGCUCCGCAAGGUCAGUGACCAGCCCUCGGGCCACAGCCAGGGGACGGACAGCAGCAUGUCCACGCCUGAGUCGGACGAGGGCAGCGACUUCACUCAAGGUGGCCCGAGCCCAUGUCCACGGUGUAGGAAGGAGACGCGGCAGCUACAGGUGUUGCAUGAGGCUGUCCUGUCCAUGCAGGAGACCCAGCAGGAGCUGCAGAGGCACCUGGCCUUCAUGCUGAGCUGCCUGCGGCAGCCGAGCCCCGCGCCUGCCCUCCUGCACAGCGCGCGCUCCUGGAUCCUGCUCUGCGUCCUCCUGGCCUGCCAGCUGCUGCUCACCUACCUGCUCAAGUAG